AAAGCGAAAAUUAUAUAAAGAAAAGGAAGUUUGUAAAUUACGCAACAUGGAGCGUUGCUAUUCUGAUGAAUUGAACACAGUAAACACCGAUAUAAACAUUUUAAAACAACAACUGUUGAUAAUAAAAAAUAAAUUGUCACAAUAUAAAUAUCAAAUAUCCAUGAUCGACAUAUGCAGAACAUCCGAAAUGACCAAAAUAGGAUCGCAAAUUGAUAAUGUUCGUUGUCAUACAAAAGGUUUCGAAGAAAUGUUUGCUAAAGAACACAAUAUUUUCGAAAGUUACAAAAAAGAACUGAGAGAAAAGGAAGCUGUAGAACAGGAAGUCGAAAAACAAAAAGAAAGAGAGGCGGCUGAAGAAAAUGAACAGCGAGCUAAAGAUGUCGCAAAUGUUGAACUUGAAUGCGAUAAUAUUGAGCGCGAAUGUGUUGUCUUAAAAAAACGAAAUAAUGCUGUAAUGCUAAAGCUACGACGAAAAUUGAUUCAAACAGAAAACAUCAGACGUGAUUUGUUGAAGAAAAAUUAGAGAGUAA